AUGUACGAGAACAAGUCACAAUGGGCAACUGCAUAUCUACGUGAGAAGUUUUUUGGACGUAUAAGAAUAACGUCUCAAUGCGAAGUCGUCAAUGCAAUCAUCAAGAGUUAUGUCAGAAAGAAAGGCUGCAUUUUUGAAUUUAUGCACAAUUUUGAGCAGGCUUUGAGAUCUUAUAGAAACAAUGAACUGGUUGUCGAUUUUAAAUCAAAGUUUACAAAACCUGUGAUGACCACUCACCUCAGUUUAAUUGAGAGUCAUGCCGUGAAAAUUUAUACUGCGGAGAUUUUCAAAGAAGUCAAAGAUGAAAUAACGAAGGCUGAAUCAUUGAUUGUUAAGGGAAAGUUUGUUCGCAAUGGAUUUAAGACUUAA